UUUCGGAAAUGUUUGAAAAGCCCAAAAGCCAGCCCAGUGAAAGCACACGUCACCCUCUCACUCUUCUCUCUCUCUCUCUCUCUCUCUCUCUCUCUCUCUCUCUCUCUCUCUCCCCGAAGAUUUCAGAAAAGGCCCGGCGACCCGGGUUUUUCCACCUUCACGAAAAAGCUUCGCCGCCACCUCCUCUACAAAACCCACCCCACCACCGGCCCGGAACACCACCACAGAAGGCUGCAGAACGAUCGAAAACAGGCGGAGUCGCGCCACCGUUGCCGCCGGUGUCGAGUUUGUUUCCGGCCAAUUUCGGUCACCUCUGUCCGCGAUCUAUCUUGCAAAAGGUUUUGAUUAAAAUGAAUGCCUGUUUCCACUGAGGACGUUAGUUGGAUUGAUUUGGAUUUGGAUUUGGAGAUCAUAAAUCUGAAUCUUGUGGUUGGACUCAAAUCUUAACAAGAGGAUUUGCAUUUGCCCAAGAAUUUGAAUUCCUAAAUUAAAUUAGGAAUUUUACAUGUAAAACCUCUUUCUCUCUCUCUCUCUCUCUCUCUCUCUCUCCCCACCACUGAUUGUGUUUUGUUGCAAAUUGUAACAGUUGUGUGUAUUGAAUACCUGGAUACAUAAUCAUAGAAGAAUUGUCAGAAGGAUUCUUGGAUUGCAAUGGCAGCUUCUGCAAAGACUCUAACUGCUGAAAGCCAUACUUUAAAUGGAGACUGGACAGUUGUUUCAUCUCGUCGUGGAAGACAAAGAAGAAAUCCUCCAAAAAUUACAAUUCGAGUACAGAAGCAACCAUCGCAUUGGGCUCCAACUGAUCUCGAAAUCAAUUUUGCCCGAGAAUCAAAAUUGAUGCAGAAGAUGCAGAUCUGUAUGAAGAAAUUGGAGAUGUCUCAAUUCUUUCUUAAUUUACUGGAUGAAAUCCAAACUCCAGAAAUGAUGAAUUACUUCCAUAGGGUUUUGAGCUCGGAGUUGAAGAUGAAGAUGGUUAUAUAUGGCAUAGGCAGCAUCGAAUCGUAUGAAUCCCCUCGGUUGCAGUUGAGCCUUGCCAUCUUGCUGAAGAGAAAGUUCAAUUGGAUUGGAGAUAUAGAGGUCUUUGAUCCCAUUCUUUCUGCCACAGAAUCUCGAGUUUUGGAAGCUCUCGAAUGCUGUGUGUUAUCAAUAAAUGAACAAGGUCGACGUCAGGCUGAGAAACCUACAAUGUUCUUCAUGCCACAUUGCGAGGCAGAGCUAUAUGAUAAUCUUCUACAAGCAAAUUGGGAAGCACGGCUUUUGAAUUGUACAGUAUUGUUUGGGAAUAGCUUUGAGACAUAUGAGCAGCAUCUAUCAGAGUAUAAAAACUCAGCUAUUGUUGAUUCGACAAGGCAUAUCUUAGCUGUUCGAAAAUUCACAGAUGAGUUUAGGAUUAAGACAAUUUCAGAUACUUAUUUCAGUGCCUUUCAUGAUUCGAGUUGGCAUUUUUUCAGGCCUGUCCUUGAGACAGAGCUGCAGUUGAGCUAUUUGUAAUUGUGAGUUGUUGAGAAAUUUCGUGAUGAUUGAAACGUAUUAUCACUUUUAGUACCCCAUGUCCUAUUGCAAAAGUUUCAAGUGUUGGUAUUAUCAGUGCCUUUCAGAAAUUUCCUGAUGUUUCAAGUGUUGGUAUUAUUGAUUCCUAUUAACCAAAAGCCAUAGGAUCAAAACCCACAGAAAGCCAAGAAUGUUACAACAAUGAAAAACAAGCUACAAGAAAAACAAGACAGAGCAUUAAAAGGAUCGGAGGGGGUGGGGAAGGUGAUGAACAAAAAAAUAUACAGAGACAGACCCAAUACUAAAGUCUCUAAUUAAGGCCAAACUGAGUCGACAGAAACCCUAGACUCUAGCUGCUGCAGAAGAUCUUCCACAGCUACCAUCACCUCAUUUUCUUGUGCUUGGCCAUUGCAUUUGUAGUUGCUUCCAUUUCUGGUCAGUGGGUUUAUGGCAGUAGAAGAAUUAGAA